AUGUUGCUUGAGAGAUGGCAGGGACGCGUUUUCAUUCUCGUCCUGCUUCUUCUCUCCAACGCCUCAGGCACUUCUCUGGGGGAGAACACGAUCCUCCCUUCGAAUUCUAAGCAGACCAGGCAAGCGCGCGUGUGCGACGGAGCAAACCACCGGCUGCUGCGCUCUCUCGCCAACACCGGGGCGGAGGUCAUGGUCACCAUCCCAAACUCACAUCUGCAGCACAUGGCCGAGUUCCGGGAGGAGGCCCAGCUCUGGGUCGCCGCCAACGUGGCGCCGUUCAUCCCGGCGACCAUGAUCACGCACGUCCUGGCGGGAGACGACGUCCUGUCGUCCGUCUCCCCUGGGGAUGCCGCAUACUCGCUGGUCCCCGCCAUGCGGAACCUCCACGCCGCGCUCGUCGCCGCCGGACUCGACGGCCGCGUCAGGGUGUCCACCAUCCUGUCCGCGGUGCCGCUCGCCCCGUCGAGGUCCGCCGGCGUCGCGGGGCGCGUCCUGCGGUUCCUGGGGGAGACCGGCUCGCCCUUGUUCCUCCUCAAGGCUCGCGCGUCCGAGGCCGCUGCCGACGCCAGAGCCUACGAUGCGUACGCCGCGAUGCGGGCGCUGGGCUUCUCGGGCAUCCCGCUGAUCGCGGCAGAAGCAGAGCAGCUCGGUCUCGGUGGCGCGCUGGUGUACCACAGCUACUUGCAUCAUGCUGCCGGCGGAGGCGGGAGACGGUCGCUGGCGACGGGGACAUUCUGCGUGGCGCUGCAGAACGCGGACCCGGCGGCGCUGCAGGCGGGGCUGAGCUGGGCGUGCGGGCAGGGGCAGGCCGACUGCUCGGCGGUGCAGCCCGGAGGGGCGUGCUACAAGCAGAACAACGUGGCGGCCCUGGCCUCCUACGCCUACAAUGACUACUACCAGAAGAGCGCGAGCACCGGCGCCACCUGCUCCUUCAACGGCACCGCCACCACCACCGCCACUGAUCCCAGCUCUGGAUCAUGCGUCUUCGCAGGAAGCACCAUGGCAGGAGGCUCCACCUCCAACUCGAGCGUGCCGAGCGCGAGCGCUCCGACGAGUCUCGGCGCCCCUCCAUCAGAUGAUCUCACUCCUCCGGUCGGCUCAAGCCCUCCGUCCGACUUUGGGCCCCCGGCAGCCAACACAGCCCCUCCGACGAGCUUUGACGCUCCCACAGGUGGCUUUGGACCACCGUCUGGCUUCGGUCCCCCGUCUGUGUUCGGCAGCCCGCCAUCGACGUUCGGCCCGCCUGGGAGCUUAAGCGGGAGCGGGAGCUUCGGGCCGAGCGGCACCCUCGAGCCUUACGGCGCCGGGUGCCGCCAUGUCGCCUCCUUGGCUGCCUCCACCCUUCUAUCCGCCAUUGUUCUCGCCCUUCUUUGCGCGUCACCAGAUCUGAUGUAA